AUGACAGCCACCCGUCGGCGCUCUACACUUCGAGACCUCCAAGCCUCCGCCGCAGAUGGCGAUGUCAUAAUCCCGAAGGUCAUUGAUGCGAGGCCCUCGUUGGAAAAGGCAGAAAUGUAUGGAAUAGACGAUCUCAGGCCAGCAUCCUCGCGGAUGAUGGCUCUAGCUGGCCGCAUCUUUAUCGAGACUAUUCCACAAUGGCUUGCUAUUGGAGCUAUGCUUGGGCUCAUAUUCGGUGGAUGUUGCUCAAAUGUCUUCGCGCUUGAAGCUAUUGUCAAGAUUGAACCGGAAAGUGGGACUCUCUUGACUUUCGUCCAAUUCCUCUUCGUGGCAACAACUGGAUAUAUCUCACAAUUCGACCGGAACCGACCUCCCCACUUCCUCAGACCAAACAAAGUUCCCAUCCGCCGCUGGCUGAUCAAUAUCCUCCUGUUCUUCACAAUUAACGUCCUGAACAACCAUGCAUUCAGUUACAACAUUUCAGUUCCCAUACACAUUAUUCUUCGAUCGGGGGGAAGUAUUACAACUCUUGCCGCGGGUUAUUUAUGGGGAAAGAGAUUCUCCAGGUUACAAGUCUUUGCAGUCACGCUCUUAACAAUUGGUGUGGUGAUUGCAGCUUGGACGGAUCAGCAAGCAAAAAAAGAAGUCGAAGAGGCCCACGGACUUCCAUCCUUCAGCACAGGACUUGCCAUAUUAUUCUUUGCGCAAGUCCUGUCAGCUAUCAUGGGUUUAUAUACCGAGGAAACGUACAGAGAAUAUGGACCACACUGGAAAGAGAACCUGUUCUAUUCUCAUUUACUCGCAUUACCGCUCUUCGCGCCUUUCAUCCCUUCGAUGUAUAAGCAAUUUUUGAAGCUAGCUGCGUCUCCACCACUGGGCCUGCCGGCUUAUGAUUCAAUGAACCACCUACCGGCGGAACUUCAAAAGGGUUUGGGGGCUAUUCAUCUCCCAAGCCAACUGGUAUAUCUCGUCAUGAAUGUUUUGACGCAAUAUGCGUGCAUUCGUGGCGUGAAUCUCCUUGCUUCUGCAUCAUCAGCCCUCACCGUUACCAUUGUGCUCAAUGUUCGAAAACUAGUCAGUCUCUUGUUGAGCAUCUGGCUGUUUGGAAAUAGGUUGGCACCCGGGACUUUGAUAGGGGCGUUCAUAGUCUUUUUCGCUGGAGGAAUGUAUGGGUUAGAAGGAUCCAAGAGUUCCGGCAGGGCGAGAUAUAGAGCCAUUGUUACCAAUGGCAAAGUAGGAUAG